UCGUUGCUUGUCUUUGAUUAUUCUGUGCUUGCACAAACACAAACACACACACACACACACCCCAAUCUCUUCUUCUCUUGCUUCUUUUUUCCAGUAAGUGAAGUAAGACGUUAUAAUAAAACAUGAUGCCUUUUCCAAGGUGCUUUUCCUUUCUUGCAGCAGCUUCUCUUGGGAUUUUCAGCUUCUUCAUUGUUUCUUCUUUUGCAGAGAAAGCUCCAUAUAAAUCUUUUGCGAAGGAUGCAAGAACAGCUCCGUCAUCCGGGUUCUACGACUACAUAAUCGUCGGAGGCGGAACCGCCGGCUGCCCGCUGGCGGCGACGCUCUCCGUCUCUGCGAAAGUACUACUCCUGGAGAGGGGCGGCCUACCAUACGACAACCCCAACGUGACCCACAUUGACGGUUUCCCAGCGACACUGUCGGACACGUCUUCAACCUCCGCAGCGCAGCUGUUCGUCUCGACGGACGGCGUCUUCAACCACCGGGCUCGGGUGUUAGGCGGCGGCUCCGCCAUAAACGCGGGGUUUUACACCCGCGCCAGCAGCGAGUACGUGAACGAGAUGGGAUGGGAGCCGCGGCUGGUGGAAGAGUCUUACGCGUGGGUAGAGAGGAAGGUGGCUUUCCGGCCGGUGGUAAAGGCGUGGCAGGCGGCGGUGCGGGACGGGCUGCUGGAGGCAGGGGUGUCCCCCUACAGGGGAACAACGUAUGCGCAUCUGCAUGGGACUAAAAUUGGGGGUUCGAUCUUUGAUGAGAACGGGUAUAGGCAUACGGCUGCUGAUUUGUUGGAGUACGCUGAUCCCGCCAACAUUACUGUCUAUUUGCAUGCAGUUGCGCACCAAAUCUUGAUCAAGACAUCACCAGGGCAAAAACCAAAGGCGUAUGGAGUUUUCUUCAGAGACUCAAAGGGCGAGAGGCACAUGGCCUACUUGAACAAUGGGCCCAUGAAUGAGGUGAUUGUCUCAGCAGGUGCACUGGGCAGCCCACAGCUCUUGCUCUUGAGCGGUAUUGGGCCAGCCCCGGAACUUACAGCCCAUGGACUAAGAGUGAUAUUGGACCAUCCAUUGGUGGGUCAUGGCAUGUCUGAUAAUCCAAUGAAUGCAGUCCUAGUUCCCUCUCCUAGGCCAGUCGAACUGUCCCUGAUUGAGGUUGUGGGCAUAACCGAUGUCGGUAGCUACGUGGAAGCUGCCAGUGGAUCCUUGGACCUCGCUUGGCUCCGGAGGACGGCUCAAGACUUUGCCAAGGCAGUGAACCAGACUCUCCAGACCUUCACAAUGCCAAUCAACCAAACCAUCCCAGAAGCUACUGGAGUACCCGAAUUAUACCAGAACCCCGGCGUACAAGCCGGAGUCAUCUUGGAAAAGAUCAUGGGGCCUUUCUCCACCGGGUUUCUGGAGCUCCAAAGCAGGGAUCCGAAUGACAAUCCAAGAGUCACAUUCAACUACUUCCAGGACCCCAGGGACCUCCAGAGGUGUGUCCAAGGCAUGGAAAUCAUCAAACGGGUUGUUGAAUCUCGGCCCUUCUCUCCCUUCCGAUACCCCUUCACAUCGUUUCAGUCCCUGAUGAAUAUGAUGCUGGCAGUUCCCAACAACCUGAGGAUCAAACACUUUACAGCCGCUUAUUCCAUGGAGCAGUUCUGUCUAGACACUGUGAUGACUAUAUGGCAUUAUCAUGGAGGGUGCCAAGUGGAUAGAGUUGUUGAUCAUGAUUACAGAGUGCUUGGUAUGGAUGCAUUGCGUGUGAUUGAUGGCUCGACGUUUUACAGCUCACCGGGAACUAAUCCUCAGGCCACCGUUAUGAUGCUUGGAAGGUAUAUGGGACAGAAAAUUCUACAGGAGCGAAAUGCUCGAUGAUUGAAGCAGAUACAUUUGUCAAUCACUCCUGUACCUAAGAGCAAGAGAUGCUAUUAAUAAUGGAUUUUCAUAUGUUAACUGCACUAGGAGCCUCUUACAUUUUCUGAGGUUUUGCUACAGUUCCAAUGAUGAAAUAUCCAUAUGUGACAAAGCCUAGGAGAAAAUAAAAACCAUUCGGGCAUCAUGUAAAUAAAAUGAAAGAACCUAGAAGACCUUCAGCAUGCUUACAUGCUCAAGAAAUGCUUUUCUACUGUAUAAUUUAGCUUGUGCAGUAUUUUACUGUAAGUUUUGAUGUCAAAAAGAUUUGUGUUAUUGAUAAAAUCAUUGUCAUAUCCUUAUAAAUCGAUCAAAUAUUUUCAAAGAAUAUUGAAAUUAGUAUAACUUGAGGUAAGCAAGCAGAUUAUCAGGAAAACCAGAACUUGGGAGUUCCUGAUAUUGAAAUAGAAGCUAGCCUGGUUUCCUAAUCAACCUAUUUCUUGAUUUAUCCUGCUUCUAGAUUGCAACUUUUAUCUAGAAAUAAGGUUAUAUACCACGAGACUUAACAUAAAUACCAAGUGUGAAGGAUUAUAAACAAAAGAAUCACAGAAAGACAACAUAUGGUUAUUAGUAAAAUC